AGGAGAGUGAGAGACAGAGUAAGAGUCGGCGAAAGAUAUGAAUGGGAGUGGAUCACAACAGAAUUAUUCUUCAUAUAUUUAUUAACUACUCCUGUCACUUGUAAUUUGGGGAAAUUGUGAAUUGAAUGAGAAAGCCGCCUACUUUACUUUCGCUAACUAUAGAUAUAGCUCUUCUUAACCUUUCCCACAUCUCCGAUCUCUCCUUUUUGCCUGACCACGUUCUCCUUGAACUCUUUCUGAGAACUUUAAGAGCAGGGAAACUAACUGAGAAGAUCUUGAAACUGUUUGUGGCUACUGGCAAAGACGAGAUACUUUCUUUGAUCAGUGAACUUAAUAUUCAACUUAUUCUAACUCCUGUACUUCCCACCAGAUGCUCUGAGAAAUUUUGACGCUAUCUGGCAUUCCUAAAGCACGCUCAUCAUACUUGACUUGAAAUAGCUAGCUAUACUCGAGAGAACAAAAUCUUUUUCUGCUGCUGCUUUAAACUCCCAUAAGAUGGCUCAAGUCAACAUUAGAGAUGAUGAGGUGGACAUUGUGAUAGGCGCUCUCCACUUAGAUCUUACUUCAUUUAUGGAAGAUUGGAGAGCAGUCUUUUCUCGUUCCACCUGAUAAUUGUCCAGGAUCCUGACCUCAAAGGAGACCUUAAAAUUCCUGGAGGAUUUAGUUUUGAUGUUUAUAUGAAGUCCGAUAUAGAGAGCGUUGUGGGUCUUCUUCAAGUUCUGUUGUUUUCUCCGGCUAUUCAUGUCGGUAUUUUGGCUAUCUUGUGUCCCACAAAAAA